GCUCUAUAUUUCUAUCAGCAGAAGCGCAUGCGUAUGACGUAUUUAGAUGGGGAAAAAAUAGCCAGCUCUAUUUGCGACAUUAGUGAUUUCUUUGACAUGUGCGCAUUGUUAAUAUGUAAAUAGCAUUAAAAAGUGAUGGCGCUGCAGCUGUUUGCAAGACCUGUCACCGGGCUCCUCGCUGAUACACUGAGCUUAAUUCCUCAGAGGACAUUCGGUGUGUCCUCUGCUGUAGCCGCCAUUCAAAAAAUGACCAGAGUGCGAGUGGUGGAUAACAGCUCUCUCGGGAAUACACCUUACCACCGGCCUCCAAGAGUGAUCCAUGUGUACACCAAGAACGGCGUUGGAAAAGUUGGUGACAAAGUGUUGCUGGCCAUUAAAGGACAGAAGAAAGCAGCACUAAUUGUUGGCCACAAAAUGCCAGGAGAACGUAUGAAUCCACGCUUCGAUUCAAAUAACGUUGUUCUGAUCGAGGAGAAUGGGAACCCCACAGGAACAAGGAUUAAAGUGCCCAUACCCACUCAUUUACGUAAACGAAUGGAGGGGGACUACUCGAAGGUGCUGGCAAUUGCUAGUUCUUUUGUUUGAUUGAAAAUCUCUCCACUUGGUCGUUUUGUCAAUUACAGAAUUGUAUGUAGUAGGCUCAAGUUUCUGUUUGACAGUCAUCUCUUUGCUUACAAUAAAUACAACCUUUACCUUAAACGCAUGGUACGGUCUGUUUAACAAGCAAAUGUGGGUCAACUAAAUGUUGUUGUGAACACAAUCAACAAACCUUAAAAAUGAAGAAUGUUAAUGGCAUUAUUUAUUGAAGGCACGACACACAUUCUGAACACAAAACAUAACUGGCACAUUUUAAUUUAGCUGCUUAUAGCUAAGGACAUGUAUAAGGCAUUCCAAUACUGUGAUCCCUGUAAAUGUAAGCGACAGUGUUUCUUAAUGUGAGGCAUUUUUGCUAGCAGCUUCCUUCAACUAAAAUUUCAGUGCAAAGUAAACCCUUCGGAUGAAACCUCACAGAUCGGCGACUUAUUUCUAACAACACAAAAACAAUAGGUU